AUGCAGCUUCCUGUCCCAGCAGGUCCAACGGGCGCUCCUCCAAGCCGAGCCUUGGAGGGCAAGGCCGGCACCAUUACCUCCAACGAGUGGAGUUCUCCUAACUCCCCCGAGGGGAGCAACAUCUCUGGGGGCAGCCAGGCACUGGACAAGCCCAUCGACAAUGAUGCCGAGGGAGUGUGGAGCCCAGACAUCGAGCAGAGCUUUCAGGAGGCCCUGGCCAUCUACCCGCCCUGUGGCCGGCGCAAGAUCAUCCUGUCGGACGAGGGCAAGAUGUAUGGGCGGAAUGAGCUGAUUGCCCGCUACAUCAAGCUUCGAACAGGGAAGACCCGCACCAGGAAGCAGGUCUCCAGCCACAUCCAGGUGCUGGCUCGUCGCAAAGCCCGUGAGAUCCAGGCCAAGCUCAAGGAUCAGGCAGCUAAGGACAAGGCCCUGCAGAGCAUGGCUACCAUGUCGUCCGCCCAGAUCAUCUCGGCCACAGCCUUCCACAAUAAAGUGGCCCUUUCCCGGGGCCCGGGCUAUCCAGCAGUCUCAGGGUUUUGGCAGGGAGCUUUGCCAGGCCAAGCCGGAACGUCCCAUGAUGUGAAACCCUUCUCUCAACAGCCCUACCCUGUCCAGCCUUCACUAACUCUGCCAGGGUUUGAGUCUCCUGCAGGACCCACGCCGUCGCCCUCAGCGCCGUCCGCACCCCCGUGGCAGGGCCGCACCGUGGCCAGCUCCAAGCUGUGGAUGUUGGAGUUCUCAGCCUUCCUGGAGCAGCGGCAGGAUGCGGACACGUACAACAAGCACCUGUUCGUGCACAUCGGCCAGUCAAGCCCGAGCUACAGUGACCCCUACCUCGAAGCCGUGGACAUCCGCCAGAUCUACGACAAAUUCCCAGAGAAGAAGGGAGGCCUCAAGGAGCUCUUUGAACGGGGACCCUCCAAUGCCUUUUUCCUGGUGAAGUUCUGGGCAGACCUCAACACCAACCUCGAGGACGAAGGCAGCUCCUUCUACGGGGUCUCCAGCCAGUACGAGAGCCCCGAGAACAUGAUUAUCACCUGCUCCACCAAGGUCUGCUCUUUCGGCAAGCAGGUGGUGGAGAAGGUCGAGACGGAGUACGCCCACUACGAGAACGGCCACUACUCGUACCGCAUCCACCGCUCGCCGCUCUGUGAGUACAUGAUCAACUUCAUCCACAAGCUCAAGCACCUGCCCGAGAAGCACAUGAUGAACAGCGUGCUGGAGAACUUCACCAUCCUGCAGGUGGUCACCAACAGGGACACGCAGGAGACCCUGCUGUGCAUCGCCUACGUCUUCGAGGUGUCGGCCAGCGAGCAUGGGGCCCAACACCAUAUCUACCGGCUGGUGAAAGAAUGAGACUUGGGGAACAGGGCG